CCAGGUUCUCCGCCGACGUCCAAGCAGGAGAGCAAUGGAGCGGGAGGGCGGCGAUGGCAGCCUCGCCUUACGCGCUCUCCAGAGCCGCUCCCAGGAGAAGACGAAGCUGCGAAAGAGAAAAUCUACCUUGUACCUCAGCGCCCAGGAGAAGAGCACCGGGCGCCGAGGGGAUCUUCUUGGAGAAAACAUUUAUCUGGUGUUGUUUACCAUAGCUUUGCGAAUAUUUAACUGCUUUUUAGUGCAGACCAGUUUUGUUCCAGAUGAAUAUUGGCAGUCUCUUGAAGUUGCACAUCACAUGGUUUUCAAAUAUCCUUUAAGCUAUGUGCAACUAUUAUUUAAUUAUUCUCAGGUCCUUACUACAACCUGGAAAAUUAUGAUUUGGAUUCCUAGACUUGCCCAAGCACUUCUAUCUGCUGUAGCAGACAUUCGGCUUUACUCAUUAAUGAAGCAACUAGAAAAUCAGGAAGUGGCAAGAUGGGUGUUUUUUUGCCAGUUGUGCUCUUGGUUUACAUGGUAUUGCUGUACCAGAACCCUUACAAACACCAUGGAAACUGUUCUCACUACAAUUGCUCUUUUCUACUAUCCUUUGGAAGGUUCAAAGUCUAUGAACAGUGUCAAGUACUCAUCCCUGGUGGCACUUGCCUUCAUAAUUCGUCCCACAGCUAUCAUUCCAUGGAUACCUUUGCUCUUCAGACAUUUCUGUCAAGAACAGAGAAAGCUUGACCUUAUUCUACAUCAUUUUUUACCUGUAGGGUUUCUAGCACUUGGAUACUCAAUAACCCACCUGAAAACAUGGAAGAAACCAGCUCUAAGUUUCCUGUUUUUAUCAAAUACAAAACUUUCACAUUUUUUUUUUACUUUUUGUAUUUAUCAUGGUAACUUUUCUUUUCAUAGCCAUGUUCACUGCCCACUUCCAAUGAGAUUUCUCCAAUGUCCCCCAGACCUGACUGGAAAAAGUCAGUAUCUUGAUGAAGCAGAUAUAUUUUACCUAAAUCCCUUAAACUGGUUACAUAAAGAGUUUCAGGAUGAUGCAUCAUUGCCUACUCACUUGAUCAUCUUCAGCGUUUUGGAGGAGGAAAUAAGCACUUUCCUAAUUUCAAGCAAUUAUGAGAGAACUGCUGUUUUCUUCCACACUCACUUGCCCGAGGGUCGAAUUGGAAGUCACAUAUAUGUCUAUGAACGGAAAUUCAAAGGGAAACUCAACUGAAGAUGAAAUUCUGAACUGUUUAGAUCCUUCCUACAGAAACUGACAUUGCUGAAUGGAAAUAUUUAGAUACUGCUUAAAUACUUUAGUAAACACUGGGUAAGAUUCAUGGAACUUGGAAAAAAAACACUAUGAACUGCUUUACCAAAUAUCACUACUGAGGAAAUAAAAUAUCACAUAGUAUAAAACCACAUAUUAAUAUAAUGCCAGAUUUUAAAUAAAGACCUUUAGUUUUCC